CGAUCCCUCUCUCUCUCUCACCUCUUCCUCAAAGACGUAUUUCCUCCCUUUCUUCAAUGUUCAAACCCUAGCCAUGCCUCGAUAACACCUGCUCCGUCCUUUGUCAUCAGUUUUUAGGUUAUUUAGACAUAUAUAUAUUAUAUAUAUAUACAGCCAUAGUGAUAACGUUCACUGAUGAUGGAGUUUGCAAGUUGCGGGUGUUGGAUCAAACUACCUUUCUUUCUAGGGCUCUGUUUAUUAGGGUUUGGUCUCAACUUCGGAGAAGCAUUGAAGGUUCCCUUUAGGGUGAAGGACGUACUGCCGGUUCUUCCACGACAGAUUUCAUGGCCCGUUCUCAACAAUUUCCAUACCGCCGUUGACUUGUUGCCUUCAUUUGUUGGAUCGGUGUCUACAACCAAUGGGUCUAUUCAGUGGAAUGGUUCUUGCUUUUCCAAUAAUGAAGCCCACUUUGAGUUGACCGAAGGCGAUCGCGGUUUGGGGGGAGGAAUUCUCCAUCUAACGACCUCUGAAGCUCACAGCUGGACUUGUAUGGAUCUGUAUGUGUUUGCUACUCCAUACAGAAUUACCUGGGAUUAUUACUUCUCUUCAAGGGAGCAUACUUUGAAGUUAGAUUCCUGGGAGGAUCCUGAAGAAUUGAAAUAUGUGAAGCAAAAUGGAAUCUCUAUAUUCCUGAUGCCAUCGGGUAUGCUUGGAACCUUCCUUUCUUUAGUGGAUGUGCUUCCACUGUUUUCCAACACUGUUUGGGGGCAGAAUGCAAACCUAGAGUUUUUGAAGAAGCACAUGGGUGCUUCAUUUGUGAAACGACCGCAGCCCUGGGCUACAAUCAUUAAUCCAGACGAUGUGAAUACUGGAGAUUUCAUAGCAUUGUCAAAGAUCCGUGGCCGAUGGGGUGGGUUUGAAACAUUGGAGAAGUGGGUUACUGGUGCUUUUGCUGGUCAUACCGCUGUUUGUUUGAAGGAUGAAUCUGGUAAACUCUGGAUUGGUGAAUCUGGACAUGAGAACGAAAAGGGUGAAGAGAUUAUUGCGAUAGUUCCAUGGGAAGAAUGGUGGGAAGAAACGUUAAAGGAUUCUUCUUCGAAUCCUCAAGUAGCAUUGCUUCCAUUACAUCCUGAUGUUCGUGCAAAAUUUAAUUCUAGUGCUGCAUGGGAAUAUGCGCGUAGCAUGUUAGGGAAGCCGUAUGGAUAUCACAACAUGAUAUUUAGUUGGAUUGAUACAGUUGGGGAUAAUUAUCCGCCACCUCUAGAUGCUCACUUGGUCAUUUCUGUCAUGUCAAUGUGGACAAGGUUACAGCCUGCUUAUGCUGCAAAUAUGUGGAAUGAAGCUCUCAACAAGCGGCUUGGGACUGAGGAUCUUGAUUUAUAUGGAAUCCUGACUGAGACUGAAAGACGUGGUAUAACUUUCGACCAAUUGCUGACAGUACCAGAGGAUGAUGAUUGGGUAUAUAGCGAUGGUAAAUCAACAACUUGUGUAGCGUUUAUCUUGGCAAUGUACAAAGCUGCUGGUGUAUUCGGUCCUAUUUCAAACUCAAUUCAAGUAACCGAGUUUACAAUUCGAGACGCAUACAUGCUGAGAAUAUUCGAGGAUAAUCAAACACGUCUACCAAAGUGGUGCAACCAUGAUGAUGAGGAGCAGUUACCGUUCUGCCAGAUUCUUGGCGAAUAUCGCAUGGAAUUGCCCCAAUACAACAGCUUAGAGCCAUAUUCAAACAUGAAUGAGAAUUGCCCCUCUCUACCACCAAUCUAUGAUCGUCCUUCACACUGUUGAAACCAAAAUGGAGGCUUUAAUCUUGCUAGCUUGUAUCUAUGCUUUUAUUUCAUUUGCAAAAAGCAAGACUAUUAAACAUGUUUUCCAUGGAUCAAAAUGUUGUAUAGAGAACAUAUAUUAAACGUAGCACUAAAAAAUAACUAUUUUCCCUUAUAUAUUUAGGUU